UCCGUGUCUGUGAACCUAGUACCUUUGGAUGGCAUUGCAAGUUUGCCUGUCAUUGUAGAGAGGGCAGUUGUGACCCAAUCAACGGGACCUGUCCCUCAGGCUGUAAAGAGAACCGCUAUGGUCCUGGUUGUCAGCUAUUAUCUGUGUUCCGAUACUCGGUGGAUGCUUAUGGAUAUCAAGGGAGCACAGACAGAACUGCAGACGGAGAAAAAUGUGUUACGUGGAACAACACCCUGCUUAUCGCUAUGUAUGGCGUAAAAUCCUCGGAUUUUCCUGAUGAGGCAAUCCCUGGUGCUGUUUGUAGAAAUCCAAAAAAUCCCAAAUUGAGAGGACUUGAAGGCAGAGGACCCUGGUGCUUCAUCAACUUUAUGGAGAAAACUGACUUCUAUGGAUCAUGUGAUAUUCCAGUAAGAGGAUGUGAUUCUGGAAGGUUUGGUGAGCUAUGCGAGUUUGAAUGCCAUUGUAAGAAUGAGAGUCCAUGCACUCCUAUGGGAAUUUGUCCAUCGGGAUGUCAUCCAGGCUGGCUCAAUUCAACCUGUCAAACACCAUGUGAUGCCGGUUACUACGGAGAAGGUUGUUUAUCUGCUUGCGGAAAUUGCAAAUCAGGUCCAUGUGAUUUCGAAUUCGGGGAAUGUAUUGGAGGGUGCUUAACAGGCUGGAUGGGAAAACUGUGUAAAACUGGUAAGUGAAGGAUUCGCAGCACA